AUGAGACGUGGUCCUGGAGGUAUUGGUGCUAUUAACAAACAAAGAUUAGCAAAGGUAGUGUAGAAACAGACGAUAAAAACCUAACAAUUAAUCACAUUUCAAUAUUUCAACAUCAAAUAUUUUAAUAAUAAUACUAAUGGUAGAUAAUCGAUUAAAUCGAUGUUCGAUCAGGGCCUCUUUUAACGUAUAGACUAGGGGGAACAUGUCCCCCCCCCCCCAGACCUCUUACUGGCCCCUCCAGUCGGCAAUUUUGUCCCCCCUCCCCAGUGAGGUCCCUAAGAAGUACCUGUAGUAGGUGGUCAACCAGCAAUUAUAAUAUGUCAAAGUGAGAAAAUUAUGUUAAGUUGUUAACAUUUCUGAAUUUGACCAUCAUCUGCAGACCCGUAACUAGCUAUGAGUCAAACGAGUCAACUGACUCGGUAGGCCAGAAUUUGGGGACUGAAAUUUAAACAUCGCCAGAAACCUAAACCAUGACUGAAAUAAUUUACUUGUGGAACAAGGCAUGAAAUGGCAUUUUAGGAUGAAAUUCUAGUUUAGUUUUUUCAAGCAAAGAUACUCCAAAGAGACCACAAUGCGUCGAUAUCAAGUACCCCAGUACAUGUGAUAAAGUACUGUACUGUAGAAUUUGAAGUGUGGUGAAUGAUAAUACUAUACCAUACACAGUUUCAUUACUGCAUCAUCACAUCAUGUUGCCUUAUUGGGACUGGAUUACAUUUGGGAGACUGUAAAAUUGCAGUAAUUGUGUCACUGUUUAUAAGGUUAAUUUCUUGCUGGAACACUCCUCAAAAUGCUAGAAAUAUAGCUUAAUAUCUGAGCUUCAGGAAAUCCAAAAUUUUCUGAGGGGGGAAGCCCCCAGACCCCUCUUGAUGGCUCGCACCUUCAGUGCUCGACUCGGUUGUCUCAGAAUCCUAGUUACGGGCCUGAUCUGCUGCCCUGUCUAGUAUACUUAUUCAUACCUACCAAGUCUCACGCAUUACGUGUGUGACACACGCCUCAGCAUAUUUUCUCAUGCUCACACGCGCAGUAUUAUUUAUCUCACGCACGAGCUGCUUUGGCUGCUUGUGAUUGAAGAAUUUAAUAAAAAAAACACGUAAAUCUGGAGAGCAAUGUUAACUCUGGAAACCUGUGCAAUGUUUUAGCAUUUAGUUUUUCUAUUUUACACUAUGAAAUUAGUCAGUAAAUUCAUCUGGUGAAUACAGUAGAGUGGGUAGGUGUUUAUUAUCACUGUGAAUUUGCUGUCAACACCUCAUUUGAUGCCAUAAGGCAUAAAUUGAACCUAUUUCCGGUGCGUAAAUGCUAUCUGAUUACAGUAUCCAAGGUGCAGCAAUGGUGAAUAAAUCGUGUCUUGGGAAUGAAACACUGGAAAUUCCAUAUUUUCCAGGGGGGGGGAGGGGGGGAUUAGAUUGCGUCCGUAGAUGGCGUCUCACACAUGCAGAUCACUCCACCUUGGCAGCUAUGCUUAUUAGUUAUACCAUACAUAUAAUUAUGCUGGUAGCUGCAGUGAUACAGACUUGUCGACUGGAACUUCUCCAGGUCCCCUGCUAAAUAUGUCAUCUCCAGUUACACAUCCUUACAAGGCUGUAGCAGCCCCCCCCCCCAAUAAUUUGCUAAUAAUCAUUCUUUUUUCAAAAUCAUGCAGACCUUUAUCAUUUAAUCCAUGACAAACUGCAAAGAAUGAAGAUAUUACCCAUACUUAUCAUUUAAUCCAUGAUAAACUGCAAAGAAUGAAGAUAUUAAUUUACCUAAUAUAUGCCUUCGCCCAUUUAGUACUACUAAAUUGUAAAUUUCAACAUACUAAAAGAGCUUCCUACGGCCCUGCCUUAAAAGAGGCCAAGCAAUGCAUGAAGCUAGAAAACUCAACGUUAACUAUAUAAUUAAAGAAUCUAAAUAGUAUAAGCUAUAUUGAAAAAAAAAUGCUGCGAAAGAGAGAGUGGCAAAAAAAAAUCGUACAUGGUGUUGGGACAGAAAAAAAAAGUUGCACAUAACGAUCCCAGAAAAAAAUUCCCUGCCAGCAGUAAAUCACACCCCCCCCUCAAAAGUUAAAUGGUCGGCCCCUUAGUAAAUAUUUUAAAAUUGGGGGGUCACAGAAGCAUAGUUACGGCACUUUUGGGCUGUUUAGACUUUAGAUCAUAGUCUUUCUGAAAACUCAGUAAACUUCAAAGCGGUUAUAAUGAGCUGGGAGUUUAUGUUGAGCCGUACCUUACACCGUGCACAUCCUUUGUUUUAGGUUUAGUAAUAUUUAAAUAGCAUGAUUGAAUGACUGAACUGAAACGUUGCUAUUGGAUGAUUCGUUCAUUAUACUGAAAUACAAUGUGUGAUUGGCGUGCAAAAACUGCAUAAACGCGAACAAAAAGAACAAAGACUUUAGCAGGAGUUUCCAAACCAUGUUUUGAAAGACUAUGUUUAGAUCAAUGGUUGAGGCUAUCUAACAAGUACAUAAAUCAUGCAGUCUAAAUUAUUCAUAAUUAAAUUUUCAAUUGUCUAAUGAAAAUACUUAAAAGCGAGUCCUGAUUUUUGUAGCAUGAUUUCUGCAGAUAUUGCCAUUAUCAUGAAACCGCGCCUAUAGGAAAAUAAUGGACAACUUGCAUGUUAGACUAAAUUUGAAUCUAAGUAAAGAGAAGGGAAACAUUAACACCACAGCUAAAAAGAACAUAAUGAAAUUAGUAAAAUUGCAAAAUUUGGUUGCAAAAUGUUGUAAAGCUUGAAAAAUAUAGUCUUACAAAGUUUGCAAAUUUUGUAUAUGUUUGUAUUACCAUUUUCAGCUCAAAAAUGCAUGGUAACAAUUUCCGCACGUAAUAUAUAAACAUAUACAAAAUAUCCAAACUUCACAAGGCUAUAUUUUCCGUAUUUUACAACAUUUCGUAACCAAAUUUUGCAAUUUUACUAAUUUUAAGUUCUUUACCUGAAUUUACUUUUUUUUGUCUAGAUCAAAAAUUAGUCUAACAUGCAACUUGUCUGUUGAAGCCGGUGCCCGGUGGUAAUUUUACAGAAUUACAGGCGUUUCUUGACAUGUUAUAACUACAGAAAAACCAGAAAUAUAUAAACCAGAAAUAUAUACCUGGCUAUCAUCAUGCAGGAAAUAAACACAUAAUUACUUUAAACAAUAUUGCUGCAUGUGGGAAAUGACUGGAAAUGGAUUUUCCGGGCUUUAUUCCCAAGACCAAGUACACUUUUCAAUUUACAAGGAUAUAUUUUCGUUUUACAAGGACACAAAGUGUGUCAAAAACACGCUAUUUUAAUGCCUGGAUGUGUUUGUGUUUAGGCCAAGUAUGAACAGAAAGGAAGUGCUAUUGCUGAUGCACAGAUAUCUCAGGUUGGCUUUAUUUUUACAAAUAAAGUAUAAUGAUAAAUUCUCUUUCGAGUUGCAUGGAAAAUUCAAAUAACUUAACUGUGAUGUAACUGUUGAUGUUAUUGUGUUUAAACUUUAGAUGUCCAAACAGCUGGAAUCAUUUAAAACUUAUCUUGAAGAAUUUGCUACCAAACACAAAUCAGAUAUCAAGAAAAAUGCUGAAUUUCGAGGUCAUUUUCAGCAAAUGUGUGCAAGAAUUGGAGUUGACCCUUUAGCAU